AUUUCUACCAUCAUUCAUUGACUGGUCUUCAGAUAACGCAGAUAUCAGAUCCGAAUGACUAAGAAGGUAACCAUGUCUAUGGGACAUACACACUAAACUCUGGCCUCUCGGAGCUCUCAUAUAAGGCAUUCCACAGUAACACAGAAAAAUGGACUGGAAGACUUUUCAAGCUUUGCUGAGUGGUGUAAAUAAGUAUUCCACAGCAUUUGGACGGAUCUGGCUCUCAGUUGUGUUUGUGUUCCGUGUACUUGUUUACGUGGUAGCUGCUGAAAGAGUAUGGGGAGAUGACCAGAAGGACUUUGAUUGCAACACAAAACAGCCUGGCUGUACAAAUGCCUGCUAUGACCAUUAUUUCCCCAUUUCCCACAUUCGUCUUUGGGCAUUGCAGCUUAUCUUUGUUACCUGCCCCUCAUUGCUAGUGGUUAUGCAUGUAGCUUAUAGGGAGGAUCGAGAAAGGAAGAACAGAUCAAAAAAUGGGGAAAAUUGUACCAAGCUCUACCAAGAUACUGGGAAAAAACAUGGUGGUCUGUGGUGGACCUACCUGUUAAGUUUAUUUUUUAAAGCAUUUACUGAGGUAGCUUUUUUGUAUGUCCUUCACAGAAUCUGGGAUAGCUUUGAUCUUCCUCGGUUAGUUAAGUGCGUGGAAAUCAGUCCCUGUCCUAAUACUGUGGACUGUUACAUUGCUAGGCCAACAGAAAAGAGGACUUUCACCUAUUUCAUGGUUGGAGCCUCUGCUGUAUGCACUCUGCUGUGUGUCUGUGAAAUUUGCUAUCUGAUUGCCAAACGAAUUUUCCGGUGCAUACAAAAGCGAAAAAAUCGUCAGUGUAAUUCAGUAACUUACAGCAAAGCCUCCACCUGCCAGUGCCAUGCUAAACUUGAGCAGGUAAGCUUGCAUCCAAUGCACAAAAAAGUUGAAUGUCUCAGAUCCUCUGCCCCAAAUUUGACAUUACUCUAAUGAGUGGGUAUAUUCAUACAAAUUCCUCUAUUAUGCUCAGCACAAAGCAGAUGUAUAUUGCACAAGGAUUUGCAUAUUUUGGCUGGAUAUCAUUUUUAAAGAGGUUGCUUCACUGCCUUUCCAUGAAAAAUAUAUGGUACAUGUUCAUUUCAAGUCAAAGCUUAUUGUUAAAGACAUUGCAGAACCUCUAAAGUUUGUUUUGCUAAUUCAAUUCAGAAGUGAUGCAUUUUUUUAAAUAAAAAGAAAUGAUGAUGUAGCUGUUUUAUAAUAGAAAAUUACUAACUAUGGAGCCAUAUAUAUUACAUGAAUAUGGUCAAAUUGAUCAAGAUCAUAGAAAUCCAUGUGUAUGUUAUUAAAACAAUUACAUGCUUUCAAGACACCCCCCCCCCCCCAACUUCAACAAUGCAUACUACUUUGCACUUGUUUUCUUCUAUAUAUGAGAAUUUAGGCUCUGAAAUUUGAAAUGCAGUGGGGUCCACAACCAAAAUUAAUCAAAGGUGAAUCUUAAGAUAAGUUUUCAUUAUACAUAUAUCAAUUUAACUUGAUGUAAAAAUUAUAACUUGAAAAGGUGAGAGCUGCAUCUUCCAUAACAAUGGACUCUCCUAGCAGCAGAAGAAAUAGACUUAACAUUUUCAUAAGUUCAAAAUCUGAAACAAAACACUAUGGUUAUGAAUCCAUAUUAAUCACAGCAAAAUGAAUGUUUAGGAAGGCAUUUUAAGAAGUGGAGCGCAACUAUAAGUGAACCUAAUCUGUUCUCAGCAAGAAAUAUUGUUAUAAUAGUCCUCUGCUGAAAUCAUCACUGAAUUUCAGAAGCACCAUACUUUUUAUGUCACUGUUCAAAAUGCAAGGACUGUGCAUGGAUGAUAUGACUUCUAUUUUUGGUCCGGUUGUUAUAUCUUCAAAAACAUGACUUUUUCAUUUUAUGAAACAACUGCACUGAUGAAAAUAAGUUUAUCAAGCUGCACUUGAGAAGUAAUAUAACUAAGUUCAUAGAGCCUUGAUGAACAUCCAUGCACAUCUGGAGUAACUGUCUUUCACUCUAUACAAAGCCUAACUCUGUAGGAAUUAAAAUACAAAGAUGGAAUUAGAAAGAGUCAACUUCUGACAUGCGGUCUGUUCAUCAAAGAACUGAAGUCUGCUAUCAUAAAAUAAGAAAUAUCACCUUUAUGAAGACUUUUGUCAUCUGCUGUUAACAAGUCAAGGCCCAUCAAACAUGAAUAAAUUCAGUCAUAGGCUGUUGAAAUGACAAGUAAUCAGUGCAACAUUUUAUCAUGGCAGAAAUCAAAUAAACAAUAAAACUCAAAAUAUGGCACAGGUAAUGACACUAUCCAUGAACAUUUGUAUUGCGUUUUUGUGUGGGACAAGCCAUACCCUGUACCAUGCAUGAAAGUAUUUUGCUACUCAAUAGAGUUGUGUAUUUAAAGGGGAGGAGGUUAUAAUUCUAGCAUCUUCUUCAUUCAUUGUAUGACCUCGGAGUGGUAAUAUUAGUAUGGAAAAUUUGGUAAUAAAGCCCCCCCCCCCCCCCCACGGAGAAACAAAAUAGAGUUUACUCCAUCUUACAUAUUUCAAAUGCUGAAACAUUUGCAUUGGAUUAUAGUAUAACAGGAAGGUAUGUGCCCUAAUUUUAUUUAAUGCCAAACAAAACAUAUCUUUUGCUGAGGUGCUCAUCUGACUGCCUGUGAUCAAAUUUGUUCUGCCUGAUUACUCAUGGUGCCUUGAUAUUUAGUGGAUUAAAGUUUCAUUGUUGUUCAAGUAAGAUAUUAAUGAUUAUAAGAUGCCUUCACUUCAUCAAACUGUACAAGAAAACAUUUUGUGGCUGGUCAUGAGUUUUUUGAUCUACAAAAGUUUUAAACGUCUGCCAUACUUCAUCCUUAAAGAAGAUAUUAUUCUUGCACAUAAGACACUAACAUGGGAGCAGCAGGAUGAAAUGUUUAUUUUUAAAAAGUCAAAGGUCAAGUGCAACAUUUAGCCUUAGAUGAGGAAAAUAAGCAAAAUGCACAAACAUGACUGUUCCUGUUGAGGCUGUACUUAGAUUAUUUUGUAAAUGUUACUUUUGAUUAUUAAAUGUGCUUUAAGGGGAAAACAUUUCUGAAGGGAUGUUUUUGUAUCAUGUAAGAAUCAAGAUGAUAGUCAUACAUAAGGUAUAUGCAUGAAAAAGCUGUUGAGCUUAUUUUAUUAAAAUACAUUUAACUGUCCAUAUGUAUGUGAUGUCUGCUAUGAAAUUUACAUGUAUGAACACAUGCACACCCACAUGCACAUAAACAUACACACAGUCGCACAGUCACAUGUGUGCAUGCAUGUGCGCAUGCACAAACACACACACACACACACACACACACACACACACACACACACACACACACACACACACACACACACACACACACAUAUACACACUUACAAAAAUAUAUAUACCAGACUUGCUUCAUCAUAUAUGCUCAUUCUAUACAUCCAGGGCCCUGAACAGGUCAUGAUAAGGAAAACUGUUCUGAUAUGACAAACACGUAUUUUCUUACAUCCCAAAACAAACCACUUACACAGCCAAUUUCAUCAUUCACCUCUGCAUACAGACAAACAGAUAGCAAGACAGACAAAGUCACAUGCAAGUACACACACACACACACACACACACACACACA